CUCUUUCGUUUUCCUGAUAAAAAUAAGUCAGAUUAUAUUAAUCCCAGUAAUUACGAUGAUCAUAUUUACAGCACUGUAAAAGUUAAAUAUUGACAGCUUUUGUGGCACUCAAGCAAGCGUUUAUAAGGACCAGAAUCCAGACACGCUGGCAGGCACAGAUGAGUGUUGGUUGUGUUGGACGAGGAGCAUCAAAUCGUUUCCAUUGGUUGAGGAUUGAACUAGUCUGCUUCUGGGAUGGAGAACAAACUGGAAGCCCUUGAGUGCCACUUUACUUGGAACCUGAAUCCUGGAAAAAACAAAUAUUUCCACUUACGGGAUAAAUUAGAGGACCUCAUCACUGACGGCACAUGUGCCUGGAUGGGUCACGUUUACAACCUGCUGGGGUUUGUUUUUUAUAUGUUGGGGUCUAAGGAUAAGGCCUUGAUAAACUUCAGCAGAGCAAAAGACUCCUUCUCUCAGCUCAGUAACGAAGAAGGACCCUGGUUGGUGGUGAACUACGGCAAUCUGGCUUGGCUGCACCACGACUUGGGAGAAGAAGCAAAGGCUCAGAGUUACUUGUCGAAGGUUGAUGCCCUGAUGGGUGAGCAUCCCCAGCCUGAGGUCUAUGCUGAAAAAGCUUGGAAUCUGAUGAUGUUUGGCAAAAAACAAAAACUGUUGGCAAAGGAGUAUUUCAGCAAAGCUAUAGAGAUGCAGCCUGACCGAGUGGAGUGGCAAACAAGCCAUGCGGUGAACCUAAUACAAAUCUCAAUGGACCUCAAAGAAGACGUCAGUCCUGAUGGCCUGGAGGAAAUCAGAAAGGCCAAAACGCUGGACCCAGAAAGCAGAUAUCUUGCUGCUUUUGAUUUGAGUAGACGAGCUGACGAAGGAGAAGACAUUAAAGAUGAAGCACGAGAGCUGGCCAGAAAGAUUUUUGACAAACCUCUAACUGAAUACAGUGGCAUUGAACCAUUACAUUCUCUCUUCCGAAAGCAUGUGUCUAUUGAUGAGCUCAUAACGUUUGCAGAAGAGGCUCUACAAAGAUAUCCAGUUUACGGCCCCUCACCACCCUAA